AUGAGCGACAAAACAGUCGUACCCGGGUACGUGGCCGAGCUUGAAAGCUUUCCCGUCGUUUCACCGCCGCGACCAGACGAAAAAUCAAAAAGCAAGCGAACCAGAUAGAGUAUUUUGCGUGUUUGCCGCGUGUCAUCAACCCGAUCGUUCGUGACUCAAUGCCGCUUGAUCGAUUCGCGCGACGUCUCGUUUCUUUGCCAAUUUUUAAUUAUAAUCCAGCCAAUUUUCAUCGAACCUCAACGUUUUAACAUUAUGUUCGACUAAUAUGGCACGCUUUUAUUACGAGUGUAACGUGGUUCUAAAAAACAGUACCGAAGACGGUGAAACGAUUAAACCGUACGCGUGCACUCCAGAUAAAUAUUGCUUGUAUUGUUGUUGCAAUUCUCAGUGUUGUCUAUUGGUACAAAGACGGCCACCACGACACUUUUGGGAAGCCUGGUACUUUUGGCUAGGCAUUGCUUUACUCGCUGUUUUCAUCAUCUCUUCGGUGAGCAGCUAUAUAGUCAGUAAUUGCAGACAUAAUAUUCAAGGUGUACCAUUAAGACACAGCACACACGACAAUCGACGAAACGAUCAUGGUAAUCCGCCAGGAAGCAACCAGAACGAGAUAUCGAUAAGUAUAAUCCCGACAUCGGAGUUUUUCCCAUCGCACAGAAAAAUGUUUGUGGUUGCCUCGCAGCCGGCAGUCAAUCACCUGACCCCUGUUGUUGCGUGAAGUUCUUUUGUCUUAAGCGAAACGAUUAUGCCGACGAGACGAGAGUGGAAGAUCAUCGUCUGGCAUUUUGCAAGGUAAUGUUACUCGAAAGACAUCGUGUCGCUUCGAGAGCUACUUCGAUCGGUCAGAACGACCUAACAGCGUCAUUACCUUGCGGAGAACAUUUAAGAUAAACGCGACUUUUUACUUAGCUACCCCGGACAUGAUAAUCGGUCGCGGCUUCGAUCACUGGCAGCAUUCUGAACAAAUGAACGAUUUUAAACGAGAUCAUAUCUCCAUGUUCGAUCUAUCAUUAGAGUUACUUGGAUCCAACUGAAAAAUUGUAUAAUUAAUCCCUCGGGAGCAAUCAGAAUCAUGGAAUGCAAAUGUUUCUGACAAAUCGUUACACCGAUCAUCGUUUUUCGAUUCGAGGCAAGAUACGUGGAAUUGAAAAACGGUGAUCUACGAUAGCGUCAGUGGAGUACAAAUUGCAGAACGGAAUUGAUUAGACCCUAAGUCGUUUCGUCGCUUCGUAACAUCGGUCAGGCAUUUUCGGAUUUUCGAACCGAUCUGUAUUCUGCUUCCAUUCGAUCGAGCACGAUGCAACCAGCCCGAUCGAAACUCGUUCUCGAGGCCUCGAAUGGGCGUAACUCCCAUUAACAAUUAAGAAGACACGCUCGAGCCUGGUCGACGUACCUGCCCGGCUACCAACAGAUCGGGGGCUAAUUAAAAAGGACAAUCGAGCGAAUGCAACUCAAGGCGACGUGUAUUCCCUAUCUAUUCGCGCAUCUUUCUUUAUCUCUCUCCUUUCCACCCUUGCCGUCUGUCUUUCUCUUUAUCUUCGCGACUCUUCGUCUUCCUUUUCCUUCUAACCAGCUACUCGCCGCUUUCCUGUCUCAAGAUCGAUCCCUCGAUAACGGUUAAUCGUGGUAAUCUUCGCAGAAGGGAGGAAUCCGGAGAAACUUCAACGUUUGUAGAGCCGCGCGAGCUUCUACGACGAUCGUUCUUGAUCUUGGUAUUUAACAGCCUUAAAACGUAAUCAAGGAAUGCACUGAUCGACUAGUAAGUUGGUCCUUAUUUUCCGAUUUGCAGUUUUCUUCGAGAUUAAAAUUUUUUAAUUGAAGAAGGGGGAAGAAGUAAUACGUUUUGCGCAGAUAAGGACUAUCCUGUUAUACAGAACCAAGGAAUCGAAUAAUUUGAUAAUUUUCUGUAUCGCAAUAUCAUACUCUAUCGUGAAAUGAUUGGCUGUGAUCAUGUCAAUUCGAUGAUUAAUUAAAAUUAACGUAGAAUGCAUUGUUUUCGUAGUACAAUUUGCCGUGAUAAUCAGUUUGACGUUAUAGUUGGUUGCGAAACGAGCGAGAAAUCAAAUUAAUUAGUAUGCACCGAAAGAAAAAAAUACAGAUAUACACGUUUGACAUUUCGCACGAGUGUGAUUGUAAUUAGUUGCGUAGGAUGAGAGUGGAAACUACCGUUUGAUCAUUAUAAACGAUUGUAGCAAAACCGUGAUAAAAAGUUCUCUAAAUAAACAAUUUCGAUGUGUUGCAAUUACUAA